AUGAUCGCCGACCGCCGCGGGCCGCCGGGCGCGCGCUACUUCCAGGAGUACGUGAGCCCCAUGGGCGCCUACCUGCGCGACGUCGACGGCCUCUACGACGGCUUCGCGCCGUCGCUCUACUGCCACGAACGAGAUUGGCUCGGCGCGGAUCGUACGGUUACUUCAAACUGCAAACGAAUACACGGCAAGCAAGAUUGCACGGCAAAAUCGACGUGCUCUUGGCAGGAAAAGACGAACGCGUGCAGGGAGAAGUCACAGUGUAAACUGUGCCGCUGGCCCACGGGCAACGCGGUGUUCCGGGACCACUUCGAGUGCUUCGUCGCGCCGCCGUUCGACGAGUGGUUCGGCUUCGACGCGCUCCCGCCGGCGGACGACCCCGGGUGGGGGAGGCGCGUGGUCGCCGAGACCUACGCGGCCGUCGACCGCGACGCCUUGGUCGACUGCGGCGCGGCCGACGGCGAGCUCCGCGUCGUCGUCCACGUGCGCCUCGGCGACCUGCUCCUCCCCGACCUGGCCGCGAACGCCUCCGCGACGGCCCUCACCUCGAUCUCGAUGAGGAGCCAGGGCGGGCAAUUGCGGAACGCGCUCCGCGUCGUCGCGGAGUUGCGAGCGCGACUCCCGGGGCGCCGCGUCCACGCGCUCAUCCUGAGCGACUCGCCGCCGGAGACCGUCGCCGCGACCCUCGAGGGGUUGGACGUCGGGAUACGCGUCGGCGGCGCGCGGCGCGACGGCGCGUCGCACCUCGUCGACGGCCGCACGGCCGGCCUCGAAAACGGCUUCGACGUGAGUUUCCACGGCGCGGGCAACCCGCUCGUCGCGCUCCACUGCAUGGCGGCCGCGGGCCUGCUCCUCGGGCCCGAGAAGUGCGGCGACCCCUGGCCAACAAAAAAAAAGAAAAAAGGCCAUCCGAAAAAGAAGAAGAAAGGAGGCCAUCGUCGCCUUUGGAUCAAACCUGUGACGGGGAGCGGGCCGAAUGCGACUCUACAUCGGUGCAGCAGCAUGGUCUUGUUCGCGCGCGAGCUGUCGCUGCGGGGCGUAUACCGCGGACUUCCCGUGGAGCCGCUCGACGCGACGGCCGUCGACGCCGGCGUCGAGGCGCUCCUCGGCAGCGGCGCGCUCGUUUGA